CACGGUGGCCCUGGCAGAAGCACGGCAGGAGAGCACAUCUGUGUUCCCAGGGCUCCCUCCAAGCUGCCGGAACGUUUCUCCUGGGAAAUAUUUGGGUUAGGGCUUAGCUUUGCUUUCUGAGCUGCUAGGUUUUAUUCAUAGGCUGUGGCCUCUUGAGACAUCCUCAGCCAUCAGCCUGGUCCAGAGGAAAAACAAAUCCAUUCCCUGAAUGUCUGGGCUAUGAAACAGUCAGUGGUGCUGCAGCCCUGAGCGAUGCUGCUUGCUCAGUCCCAGCACCAGGGUCCUUCCGAUGCAGGGGACAGGAAUCAGGGCUGGAGGAUCACCCCACAGCCCCAUCAGGAGCUUGGCUGGAGCCAUUGGGUACCUUUGUAUGCUACUAUGCCAGGAGGGUGUGAGAAGGGCAAGAGGGAAUGUUGGGUCCGUCUGUUGGAGAGAGCUGAGGCAGGUGGACACACAGACCUGGUCCUGACACAGCUCUGGGAAGGGCCAUGCAGCAAAAGGGACGCAGAACCAAAGAGCAGCUACCCCAGCCCUGCAGCAGCUGACAGUCCUGCACCCAGAAACACCAGAGUCUGCGUGCAGGGCUGGGUGUGCAAGCUCCCACCUCCACCACAGGCUCUGAGCUGCAGAGGACGCCGUGCUGAGCACGUCUGUGCAUCCCUGUGGGACACAUCCCACGGGAUGUGCUCUGGUUGCCUUAACAGCGACAUGCCUGUCUCCUUUGCAGGCUUGAUCUUACUGUUUUACUUCAUUUUCUACACAUGCCUGGCGGGAAUGUUUGCCUUUUGCCUGUAUGUGAUGCUGCUCACGCUGAGCCCCUACACACCCAGGUACCGGGACCGUGUGUCUCCUCCAGGAGUGAUGAUCAGACCGUACUUGAACGGGUUCACCAUUGCCUUCAAUGUCUCCCAGCCCAACACGUGGCAGCCCUACGUGGACAGCAUGCACCACUUCCUAGCAGCUUAUGAUGACAAAGUUCAGGAGGAGAAGAAUAUUGAGUGUGUCCCAGGACAGUACUUCAUCCAAGGGGGAAAUGACAGUGAGGAGAAGAAGGCCUGCCAGUUCAAGCGCUCACUGCUGCAGAACUGCUCUGGCAUCGAGGACCCAACAUUUGGCUACUCGAAAGGCCAGCCCUGCAUCCUGCUGAAGAUGAACCGGAUCAUAGGCUACCGCCCUGGUGCCGGGGUCCCCGUGAGUGUGGACUGCAAAGUGCAGAAAGGCAAUGAGAGUCACCUCAGGUCGGUGGACUUCUACCCUGGGAACGGGACCUUUGACCUCAUGUAUUAUCCCUACUAUGGCAAGUUCACCCAUGUCAACUACACCUCCCCACUGGUGGCUAUGCACUUUACAGAUGUGCAGAAGAAUUACUUGGUCCCCAUCCAGUGCAGUCUGAAUGGAAAAGGAAUUAUCAACGACCUGAACAGUGACCGCUUCCUGGGCCGAAUCAUCUUCACACUCAGCAUUGGGAAGUAGCCCCUGCCAACAUCAGGCACUUAGCAAGUCAGUCAGAGGCUUCUUCCUUUUUAAAGCAUCAAGCCAGCUUUUUUUUUCUGCUAGGAAAAACAGGCACAUGGAGAUUAUUGUUAAUUUAUUUUUUGUUCAUAGUUAGGAAACCAAUGAGAUACAAUGAAAUGUGGAUCCACAUUUUUCAUCUUCUGAUGGAAAUCAUUAUUAGCAAAAUUUAAAAGUUUUCCCCUGAGGAGAGAACCUGCAAAAGAUUUCACUUUUGUUUGAAAAAAACCUCUGGUAUCCAAAUACUAUUUUCAUAAGGUCUUUUAUGAGUGAUCCCUGUGGAAUUCAUCUUUCCUGUUUUAAAUUUUAUUUUUUAGCAUAGUUUUAUGUGCAUUUUUCAGGCAAAAGAUAAAAAUGAGGUAGUUUGUUAGCACUAUUCUUGUUAAAAUAAUAAACAGCAAAAAUUCUAGAUGAUGCCUGCAAUAACAGAGUUGCAAAGUGAAAACAGCAGCUCUCAAAAUGCCUUCUAUGAUCUCCAGCCCCAGAAGCAUCUUGACUGCAGCAUUUCACAGAGCUUGUUCAGCACACCCAAGGUGUUGAGCAAGGGCCACAGAAAAUCAUUUGCCCUUGAACCCUUCCAGCUGUUCCUUUCU